CUACAAUUAUCGACAAGGAGAUGGACUUGCAUUGUUUCUGGUGUUCUUUGGACUUUUCAGUACUUUUCUUCGGUAAUUUCUAUUCAAUCACAGCCUUCCGGUUUUGGGCAUUGUUCUGUUUUCUUUGCGUUCUUAG